UGGCUUACGAUUUUAUUUAGGUCUUGAUUCACUUGACUGAAAAUCAGUUAGUGCUCUGAAUAGAUAAGAUUUUUUAACGGAGCAACAAAAACUAAUUACCCAGAAAUGAUAUCGUUUUUUACAUUAGUUAAUUUGUUGAGUGAAGGUUUUUUUACAAGAGAAUUCAGUAACAAAUGUGAUUGAUGUUGAAACUCUAUUUAUCCAAUUAUAGGCGAACAUCGUCGCUCAGGCGGACACGGUCAUCAUCAUCGCAGUUCACAUCGACAUUCAUCCGAAGCACGUCCACACACCUUCAGUGAAUUCAGCUCACAUAGCGAAGGUGGUAUUGCAGGCGGUGGUGGAGGUGGAGCAGGUGGAUUAUCAGGCGGUGAAGGUCACGGCCACUCGUUCGGUGGGCACGAUCACGGUGCUGCCACUGCCAUGGAUGCCACUUUUGUGUGGAAGUUGAGCAAGUUAGGUCGCAUCGGUUCCUCGCGUCUGCGGUUUGACGAUGAUUUUGCCGAUCGGCUCAAUUAUCAAUACACUGGAGUUCUCAUGUUUCUAUUCAUUGGACUCAUAGGGAUUCGGCAAUAUGUUGGAAAGCCUAUCCAGUGUUGGAUUCCUCAAGAAUUUACUCGUGGCUGGGAAGAGUAUGCGGAAAACUACUGUUGGGUAUCCAACACCUAUUUUGCCCCAAUUCAGAACCGGCUACCUCCUGCACCCGAUCGGGAACUACUUCUGAUUGGCUACUAUCAGUGGGCUCCGAUUGUCAUGGCUUUGCAGGCCAUGGCAUUCUAUCUCCCUUGUCUGAUAUGGCGUCUGUUUAUGGCCCAUUCCGGAUUUAAUGUGAGACGCAUACUCCAAAUGGCUUGUGAUUCAAACGUUCUCCUCCCUGAGCAUACUAUGAAAAACGUUCGUUUUAUUGCCAGAUAUAUGGAAGGAUGCAUUUACCGUCAAAGAGACUAUCGUCGCAGACGAUCAACAGCCAAUGUUGGCUACUCACCGACCAGUUAUACUGGACUGGGUCAGAUGCAACAUCUGCAGUUACAUCAUCAUCAUCAUCCGCACCUCGGAUUUGCUUCAGGACACCAUCAUCACCAUCACCAUCAUCAGUCUCCCCCGUAUGCUUCCCCUCCGCACGCGCCACCAUUGUACACCAGUAGCCCCGGUAACGUCAACUUCACUACUCUAUCCCAGACCACAGUUGGUGGUAAUGCGCCAGUAUCUCCGGGAGAUCGUGGUCGUGGUAAUGGAGAUACCGCACACUUUGGAACUGUUCCACGAAGGGGGAGACGUGGAACGUCACAAUCCCUCUUAGAUCGCCUUCGUCUAAGAUUUUCCUUACAGUCUGAAUUAUCAAAAUCCAAGAAGCAACCAACGCUAAGCCCAGGUGAAGAAUUACGCGGAUCUGAUGAACAUCCAAUGUUGGGAAGUAGGAAACCGACGGAUUCCCCGUCCUUCAGUCCAAGCGCACCUACCGGCACAUCAGGAAAAUACAAAUCAAGUCCGCUGAGUUCUUCCACAGUCCCCGGGGAAACGGUUAUUGGUGUUGGCAGUGCCGGGGGAAGUUCCGGCUGGGGUUGUUGUGGAAAACGGCAUGGAAACUACCUGGUUGUUUUGUACUUUUUCAUCAAACUUCUCUACUUGACCAAUAUCAUCGGACAACUCUUUAUGAUGGAAAAAUUUGUUGGAAACAACUACACAUUUUACGGUCUGCGUGUGCUCAUCGAUCUGAUUCGAGGUAGAGAAUGGUUCCAUUCAGGCAACUUUCCCCGAGUGACCUUUUGUGAUUUUGAGGCCAAGAAGCUGGGAAAGAACCACAAGUACAGCCUCCAGUGCGUCCUUCCGCUGAACAUGUUCUUGGAGAAGAUCUAUAUCUUCCUGUGGUUCUGGCACUGCGUGAUCGGAUUGGUCACACUGAGCAGUUUCAUCAUGUGGUUCUAUCGAAUGGGUUUCGCCAGCCGUCGUGUAAAGUUCAUCAGAAAAUACCUCAAAAUAAUGUCUGUACUGCGUGACACAGACAAGGCAGCAUCGAGUAAAUUUGUGGAGAAUUACCUCCGCCCUGAUGGAGUUUUUCUUAUCCGACUCAUCGCCAUCAAUGUGGGUGAUCUGAUGGCAGGCGACUUGACUUGCGAGUUGUGGCAUAUAUACCGACACAAACGUCUCCACGAAAUCGAAGAUCAGAAAUUUCUGGAUGCCGCAGGUGACUUUGUCAUCCCCACCGGCCCAGGCUACCCUGGUGACGCUCCCAUGGAUGUGAGUCACACUGCCGGUGGCGCCACAAGACGACUGCCUAAAGAUCAUGCAGCAAGUGCUCCUCUUCACAUAGCGAACAACGUGAACAAUAACAAUUCAAACAAUAAUGAUGACAGCAUUGUUUGACGUUUUUUUAUCAGUCAGAAACUCAUAAACUCUUGUUUCCUUUCAUUUCUAUUUCCCCGCCAAAUAACGCGCCACUCAGCGCUGAUUGUGAUUGGGUGAUGCUGAUCACCUGACGUCAAAUGGCCUUCAACUAGACAGUGGGUUUGGACGAACGGAUGAGAUGGACACACUCAACACUUUUACGUCCAGUGUAAUAAAAUGUCAUCUACACACGUUGCAAUCAUAUGCUGUAAAAUUCUUCGAAAUUGUUUUAUGCUCACUCACUCACUCACUCAAUCAAUCAACCACUCACUAACUAAGUCCAGUUUUACUGUACGCUACAAUGUCUUUAUCAAGGUCAGUUUGUUUUUCUAUUCACAAUUCACAAUACGCUGCAACCCACAAUUCGAGCGCUCAAACUUUACCUCCUGAUAUACAAAAAUACUAAUGGGGCAUUUGGUUGAUCGAUUUGGCGAUGCCACACCCAAUCAAGAAGUGCUUUCAGGCUACAACAAGGACAACAACAACAACAACAAGAGGAUCGCGACCGAAAGGACGAAAGUUUGUGCGUUUGGCGCGAGUGUUCUGAAGCGCUUUUCUGUACACAGUAGUCGAGCAACUCUAGAUAAAAUGGUUUAAUUUUUCUAUCCUAGGAAUGUGUUGUUUAUUUCCGUCUGAUGAAUCGCUUAAGCAGUAGAUUAAUAAUAUAAAAAUUUGAUUCUUA